AUGUCAGGAAGAAAGAAUGUGCUGUUGAUGAUCGCCGAUGAUCUUGGCAAGCAACUUGGUUGUUACGGCGCAUCAACCAUCAAGACACCCCAUAUCGACAGUCUAGCUGCAGAGGGUACCAAGUUUGACUAUGCCUUUGCAAGCACCGCCUCCUGCAGCGGCAGCCGCUCCGUGAUCUACACCGGCCUGCAUACUCACCAGAACGGCCAGUACGGACUUGCCAGUCACCGCCAUCAUUUUGUCACGUUCGAUCAUGUGGAAACUGCACCACAGCUAUUGAAUCAAAGCGGAUAUCGAACUGGGAUCCUCGGAAAGAUUCAUGUCGGACCGGCGCCAGUCUAUCCCUGGGAGGUCUCCAAGGAGAGUGUAACGAGGGAUGUCGCUGUGAUCGCCGAUCAAGCCAAUGACUUCUUUCAAGAGUCUCUGGUCGAUGAAAGACCUUUUUUCUUGACGAUUGGUUUCCAUGAUCCCCAUCGCGAUCGCACACGGGGUGGAUUUGGCAACGAUGAAGAAUACGACCCUCGCAUCAAGAAAGGCUCCUACACUACUGAUAAUGUCGAGAUUCCACCCUUUAUCAACGACUCUCCCGGUGCCCGGUUCGAGUUGGCUGAAUACUAUAAUUCGAUCCACCGCCUGGACCAGGGCAUCGGGUUUGUUCUGAAUGCCCUCGAAAAGGCUGGCUUGGCUGAAUCAACCCUCGUCAUCUUUAUCAGCGACAACGGCCCACCUUUUAUCAACUCGAAAACAACUCUUUUCGAUGCUGGAGUGCGAUUGCCUCUUAUCAUCAAACAUCCAAAAGUCCAGCCCGCGGCCAAUUCGGACAUGGUCUCCUACGUCGACAUCCUCCCCACCCUGCUGGAUUAUGUCGGGCAUCCAGGUGCCGUGGACCCAGCGAAGAAGCGCCUUGGACGCUCGUUGCUUCCUAUCCUUGGAACCGGCGCUAAGACAUCAGAGUGGAACCAAGUAUUCGGCUCGCAUACUUUCCACGAGGUCACGAACUACUGGCCGACGAGAUUCAUUCGGGAUCGACGAUACAAAUACCAUCGAAACCUCGCAUGGCGCUUAGACUUCCCAUUUGCCGCUGACAUCUACGGGUCUCUUUCUUGGGAAGAUAUUCGAAACUCACCAGAUAGCGAGAUUAAGAUUGGGGAAAGAAAACUCAAGGAUUUCUUCUUCCGCGCACCAGAAGAGCUGUAUGAUUUGCAGAACGAUCCAAAUGAGGUUAAUAAUCUUGUCAAAGACCCGGAACAUGCUGCUGUGCUCGAAGAUUUGAGAACCAAAUUGGAAACAUGGCAGCGUCGGACAGAGGACCCUUGGCUGUAUCGGGACGGGGUCUCGACGUGGUUUGUGAGAUACCAUUUCCCAGCUGGGUUGAAGAUCCCAGAUCGUUUGGACUUUGAUGCGGAGCAACCAGGCAAUCAGAACCAGAAGGCCUUCGUGGGCAAUGUGCCAUGGGGUGCUGAUGUUGAUCUAGUUAAGGACACAGUUGCUUAG